GUCAAGCCAGUCAAGCGAGUCGAGCCGUUUUGGCGUAAAAGCGUCGCGUGUUCUGUGGUCGCGCUGUGUGUUGUUUGAGCGUUAAACCACAGAAAACUUCCUCGUGCUUCGAACGUCAGUGCCUUUUGCUAACAUGUCGCUCGUUGCGGAAGUCCUGCAGCCUAAAGAGUCCUUCGAAAAGGGUAACCUCAACGCUGCCGUGUCUCGACUUUCCCGCAAGAUCGAGGACUUGAAGACGGACAUGGAAAGAAAGCUCGUUUCCAAGUAUGACAUGUUCUCGCCUUACGACCGAGACGCCGAGCAAUUGGUGUGGUCCCUGAAGACGGCUUUGGAAGACGUCGAAGAAGUGUUUCAGAAUAUUGAUCACGUAAAGCCGCGGCUAGUGGAGUCCACCAACGAGUUCGAGAUGCUCUCUCGCGAACUGGCCACUAUCGAACAGCAGUCGUCGCAGAUACGCUCCUAUGCGCGCCUUCACGAACUGCUGGAAGAGGCAGAGGCACAGUUCGUGUCCGAAGACCUCCUGGCCUGUUCACAGCACCUGGAGGAAGUCGGCAGUAUCGUGAGCGAACUUGAAGGCGGCCCUGUGGUUCAACUUGUCGACGCGCUGCACACGGAACACGUUAUUCGCUGUGAACGGCUCAUCUACAAGUUGUCAGAGGUCUGGAAGCGUUACAUAAUUUGGAAGAUUGGCCGGACCCCUCACGUGACUGAGCUGACGAUCGCCACGGCACACAAAGAAGAAGCUGAGGCUUUCGCCAGGCUCGUGGAAGCCGUCCAGAGACAAGGGCAGCUGCGCGAGAAAAUGUCCCGCUUCGGCCGUUCCCUGCUGGCGGACAUUGUCACGCCGAUGAUAAAGUACGAGUCCGUCAUCGUCACGUCGCCGGGCUCGACGACCUUCCGCGUAGAGUUUAACGAGUCGAAAGCGCCGCUUGUGAAGGACGUACUCGCAAACUUGUCGACGCUCUUCACCUUUCUCACAAACCGUUUGCAAGCACAUAACGUUAUCGCUGUAGACCUUAUUAAAAUCAUGGGCAGUGUGAUCGGCAGCGAGUUUUCUGACACGGUCGCCAAGUGCUGCCUCGAACCUGCUGUCCCCAGCGACGGCAGCCGCCUGGACAGCUAUCCAGCUAGUGCCCUGCUAGAUUUCCACAACCAGUUAGUUGCGACGAACUUUCUCUCGUCCGAAAAGACUGGAUUUUCCAACCUUGUCUCAAACCUGGAGGCUCUCUGCAUAAGCAAGCAGAGCCAGGGCAUCCUUCUGCAAGCGAGGGCUAUAAUGAAACAGGAGCUGCACGACACCAUUGUGGUUGGAGAGCCGCCAAUCAGUGGGAACAAGGCUUCGUCUAUGGAACAUUGCCUAAAUGGUAGCCCAUUCAAAUUUCCUAGGUGCCAAGUGAGCAAAUCUGUGAAAGAGCUGGUCACCUUGCUGAAGAAAACGGUAGACGGCGCCAAGGACAGUCCUGAAGGCAGCUGCAGUGAGCAGUCGUGGCAGGCGGGCGCCGUGCGGCACAUCUGUGAGCUCUACUGCUGUGUCGCUCCAGUAUACCACCAGCAUGCAAUAGAGACUAUCCCUGUACAGACAGCAAUACACCAUAACAACUGCCUCUAUAUGGCCCAUGAACUACUGUGCUUAGGUGUGUGGUUUCACGGGCGUACCACGCUUGUGGAUGUUGCCUCGAGCAUCCGUUGUAUUGGGAGGGUUGCCCUCUGCCACCAGGUGGAUACUCAACGAAAGCACCUUUUGGAUUUCAUGAGUGAGGUCCCACUGUCAGAAGACAGCCAGGGCCUCGAUGCUGCUUUGCGGCGCUGCCUUUUCCACGUAGAGCAGCUCAAGAGAGUCUGGCUAGAUGUCCUGCCUAUCACAAGCUAUUUGGAAGCUGUAGGUAGCCUCCUCAACUCGGUGCUCGAGAAUGUCGUCAAAAGUGUAGUCGGCAUGGAAGACAUUGCAUCCACACUUUCAGAAGAACUAGCUCAAGUGUUUGAGAAGGUGAUUGACCAAGCUGUUAGCAUAUUUGACAUCCCUGCAUCCUCAUUGGAUGCGAGAGUUCUAGCCUCUGACCAUGUACCCAAGUGGAGGAAAUUCUGCGAGCUCAAAAAUCUUCUGCGCUUCAAUUUGAGAGAAGUAAUGGACCGAUGGGCUGAUGGUAGGGGUCCCCUGGCAGCUUGCUUCUUGCCUGACGAAUUGAAGAGGCUGAUCAGGGCACUUUUCCAAAACACAGACAGACGAGCUGCUGCACUGGCACAGAUUCGAUCAAGCAGCAUCUACACGGAAUCUCAGCCUGUCCCACCUAAUUAAUGCUUUGUAAUUGCUUAGUUUAUUUGCAGACAAUAUUUUUUAAAUGCCACAUUAUGCCUGCUUGCAUAAGCAGUGUAGUAUAUGUGAUUGACAACCGGGAUUCUGCAUGUCAUCAUCAUAUGCCUAAACUAUUAUUGCAAGGCAUUGAAUUAGGGUAUAAGCAUAAUUUUUUUUUCAUUUAAGUGAUGAUAACACAAAAAUUUUCUCUACAGCAAAAUGUUUGUGUCUGCUUUUCUGUGAUUUAAAAUUUUACUUCUAAGUUUUGACAUGUUGCCUCAACAAAAGUUUGUUAAAUGUCAUCACACUCUCAUAUGCAACUGUAUUCAGGACUGGCAUAUUCUGCUAGCACUAAACUUAUCAUUGAAUUUGUGCAGUGUAUUGCUUUUUUUUUUAUAGAGCUAUGCAUAUGGUGUGACAUGUCUGUCACUUACCAUUGAGUUUUGUUUACUUUAGUACAUGUGCUAUAAUUAAUAUAUGUUUAGGUGUUAGUUCUAUAUUCGGACCUAGCGAGCAAGUACAUGUUUAUAUUUGAUUAUGUUCACUCUGAGUACUCCCAUCUGGAAUGCUAAAGUCAUUCUGCAGCAAGUUGGAACUAAUACAGAAAAGUACUCGUCAGGUUGAAAUUUGUUUUGUAUUUGAAAAGCAAGAAGAAUAAAUGUCCACUGAAAACAAGCC